UCUCCUCACUCUGCCCUGAGCUGACUUUUGCCCUCGGACCUCGGACACCUGUCUCCUUUGGCCCAUUUCAUCCCCGCCCCCUCUCCCCAAAUUCGCCGACCCGCCGCUCCCAAAUCCCAUCCAAGUUCCUCUGCAUCUUCCAAAGAUCGGAUUUUGGGAGGGGCUCUGCCCCCAGAUCGGGGAGUAAUCCCUGUUCCGUCUGGUGGGCUGGCCUCCGUCGCCCGUUUCUCGGUUCUCCCCCCCCCCCCCUCAAGGGCGGCUCUUGAAUGGGCUGUUUGCCGUGCUUCGGGUCGGCCGGCGACGGGGCGGCCAAGAAGGGCGGCGCGCGCAAGGACGGCUCGUCGGAUCGCCGCGUUACCCGGGUCGGAUCAGAUAAAUCAAAACCACAGGGUGGAUCAGACUCUAAGAAGGAUGCAGUCAUCCUGAGGGAGGGGAACAAUCAACAUAUUGCAGCACACACUUUCACUUUUCGUGAGCUUGCUGCUGCCACUAAGAACUUCAGACAAGAUUGCUUAUUGGGCGAAGGAGGUUUUGGCCGUGUUUAUAAAGGACGUUUGGAGAAUGGACAGGCUGUUGCAGUGAAGCAACUUGAUCGCAAUGGCCUUCAAGGAAAUAGGGAGUUUCUGGUUGAGGUUCUAAUGCUUAGUCUACUGCACCAUGACAACCUGGUCAACCUAAUUGGAUACUGUGCUGAUGGGGACCAACGUCUUCUUGUAUACGAGUUUAUGCCAUUGGGAUCACUUGAGGAUCAUUUGCAUGAUAUUCCACCUGAUAAGGAACCUCUCAACUGGAACACUCGGAUGAAGAUAGCUGCCGGUGCCGCCAAGGGCUUAGAAUACUUGCAUGACAAGGCAAGUCCUCCUGUUAUUUACCGGGAUUUCAAGUCAUCAAACAUUCUACUUGGUGAAGGGUAUCAUCCAAAGCUAUCAGACUUUGGCCUUGCAAAACUUGGGCCUGUUGGUGACAAGACUCAUGUUUCAACACGUGUUAUGGGAACAUACGGCUACUGUGCCCCAGAGUAUGCAAUGACAGGGCAGCUUACGGUUAAAUCUGAUGUAUAUAGUUUUGGUGUUGUGUUCCUUGAACUGAUUACUGGCCGCAAAGCCAUUGACAACACUAAACCUAAUGGAGAGCAAAACUUAGUUGCAUGGGCUCGUCCUCUAUUCAAGGACCGCAGAAAAUUUCCUAAAAUGGCCGAUCCAUUACUUCAGGGCCGCUUCCCCAUGAGGGGUCUGUACCAGGCUUUGGCUGUUGCUGCAAUGUGUUUGCAAGAGCAAUCUGCUACGCGGCCCUUCAUAGGAGAUGUGGUCACUGCUCUUUCAUACCUAGCUUCUCAGACAUAUGAUCCAAACAUGCCUAUUCAACAUAAUCGGAGUAAUUCAUCUACUCCGAGGGCCAGUCGAGGUGGCGGGAUCGAUGAUCAACGCCGUCUCCGCUCACCGAAUCACCAUUCUCCAGAUUUGAGGAGAAGAGAAGCCACCAUAGCGUCAAAAUAUGAAGCCGACGUUGGCAGGACAAAUUCUGGCAGUGGUUCUGGUCGUCGGUCUGGCUUGGAUGAUGUGGAUAUGGCAGGUUUGCAGGUGGGUAAUCCUGCUCAUGCAGGAAUGAAGAGGGAAUCUCCUAGGACCGGUGACAGGCAGCAUGCUGUUGCAGAGGCCAAAACAUGGGGGGAUAAUUCAAGAGAGAGAAAGUGACCAAAUUCUUGGGGCAGCUUUGGAAGUAUGAAUUAGUAAAACUCUGAAGCAGAAGGUUCAAUCUACUCAUCAUUCUGAAAAAAGAUGAAUUGCUUGCCAGCACCAAACAGGACGAUUUAGGAGCAUGGCAUUGAUUCCAUCUUGAUCUCGUGGUCUAUGUGAAUAGAGAUUUCUUUUUCUUUUCCUUUCCUGGCUAUCACCACUGCUUCAUACUUUUCCAUACAAAUACCACCAUCACCAUCACAACCACCAUCAAAAUGCCCAUUCCUGGCGUCCGUUCCUCGUGAAUGUGAUCAUCAUGCAUAUGCACCUUUAUCAUCAUGGCGAAGAACAACAUUUGGCUGAAAAUGUAGGGAGCAAAGGCAAAAUCUGUUCUGUGGAGCACAAGAUCUCAUCCAGUGGGUAUCUUCUAUUGCUGUUGCAUGAUGGGUGUCAGCGGCCGCAUCAUUGUUGGAUUGUAGAGCUUAUGUCAAGUCCGAGUACCGAGGGUCGAGAGAUGUGAUGUUCUUUUCCUGAAGGGUCUGUACCUGGGGUUACAGCAGUCCACCUGUGUUUGAUACAUCUGUCUUGUGACAUUUUUUGUGUUGAGUUGUCAGACACCUUUAUGUUAUCUCUAUCAGCUUGUGCCCCUUGCAUCUUAUGCUUGCUCUUUUGAAA